AUGCUGGGCUUGUGCCUUUACGUCCCCGUGUCCAACUCGGACCCAGUGGAAGUGGAAUACUUUGAAUCUAACGGACUACCGUCGGAGCUGAAGUCUCUGUUCAACCAACUCAGCGUGUUUCUGCCCUCCCAGGAGUUCUCCACCUACCAAGAAUGGAGAAAGAAAACUGUGGAGGGGGGAGAGAAAAAAGCCGACGGGCAGCUGGACUUUGAGGAGUUUGUUCACUAUCUACAGGACCACGAGAAAGACCUGAAACUUGUAGUGAAGAGUCUCGACAGGAAGAAUGCAGGCCGCAUCGAUCCCACCGAGCUGAUGCAGUCUCUGCGUGACCUUGGCGUCCAUAUUUCCCUGCAGCAUGCCGAGACGGUCAUUAAGAGUAUGGAUAAGAAUGGCAUAAUAACGAUUGGCAGUAAGGACUGGAGUAAAUGCCCCACAGCGGAGAAAACUGAAAACAUUCCAGAGAUCAUCCUUUACUGGAAACACUCCACGAUAUUUGAUGUGGGUGAGAACCUGAUGGUGCCUGAUGAAUUCACUCUAGAAGAGAAGCAGACUGGAAUGUGGUGGAGACACCUGGUCGCAGGUGGAGGAGCUGGAGCUGUUUCCAGAACCUGCACCGCCCCGCUGGACCGUAUCAAAGUCAUGAUGCAGGUUUACGGGUCUCGGACCAACAACAUGUGCAUUAUGAGCGGCCUCAUGCAGAUGAUCAAAGAGGGUGGCACGCGGUCGCUGUGGCGCGGCAACGGGGUGAACGUCAUCAAGAUCGCGCCUGAAUCAGCUCUAAAGUUCAUGGCCUAUGAGCAGAUUAAGCGUCUAAUCGGCAGCGAUAAGGAGACUCUGAGCAUUUUGGAGAGAUUUGUGGCGGGUUCUUUGGCUGGAGUAAUAGCCCAGAGCACUAUCUACCCCAUGGAGGUUCUAAAAACCCGUCUGGCUCUGAGGAAAACCGGUCAGUACGCUGGAAUCUCUGACUGUGCCAAGCAGAUUUUCAGGAAGGAAGGCCUGGGUGCCUUUUACAAAGGCUAUGUCCCCAACAUGCUGGGCAUCAUCCCCUACGCAGGCAUCGACCUGGCGGUUUACGAGACGCUGAAGAACAGCUACCUGCAGCAGUAUGGCACCAACAGCACGGACCCCGGCGUGGUGGUCCUGCUGGCCUGUGGGACAGUGUCCAGCACCUGCGGUCAGCUAGCCAGCUACCCCCUGGCUCUGGUCCGAACCCGCAUGCAGGCACAAGCUGUGGUGGAGGGUAACCAGCAGCAGGUGUCCAUGAGUGGCGUCUUCAGGCAGAUCCUGCAGAAUGAAGGCCCCACAGGUCUCUACAGGGGCCUGGCCCCCAACUUCCUCAAAGUCAUCCCCGCCGUCAGCAUCAGCUAUGUGGUGUACGAGCACCUGAAGUCUCAGCUGGGGGUGACAUCCCGCUGAUCGCCAUCGAACCCGCCGCAUACUCUCGAUUGCACCAAACUCUGUCCUAGAGCUCGCAUUAGAAUCCCGCCGGUGGUUCGUGUGGCCGUCUCAUUCUGUGAAUGUCAGCUGACGUCAUGCUGGGGAGGAGAUUAUGGACUCUGUGAGCUCAGGUUGUCAGGAUAAUGACUGCUGCUAUUUAUACUGAGACUCAGAUGAAAAGCGACUGAAUGGGGGAAAUGGAGGACCAAAUGUUUUUUGUUUGUGAGUCAGAUGUCCAGGUCUUUCUAUGUUUGCACCACCAUUUCUCUGGGGUAAACCUACUGCCACCCUGUUAUUCUGUUGUGAGAAGAUUUUGCACAAACUCUUUGUCUUCUCUCCCUCUCUCGCGUCCUGAAUGUCUGAGCACUGAGUGACUAUUUAUUUUCACCCCCUCCUGUAUUUAUUGCUCUCUUUAGGUAAAGAGAACAAGCCAAUAGUGCUGUUAGAUUCACGGUGUGGGAUGAUCGCCUUAACAUCCGUCGAACACUAAAUAUAAUCGUGAAGUUUUAUUUUCAAAACAGAAAAGUUUGUGAGCACAUGUGUGCCUUUCAGAGGAAUGUUGUCCUUAAUGUUCACCUCAGGUUGAAGGGAAAUGUAUUACUGUUCACUGAUGAGCACGUUUGUUCAAAAUGAGGAGUUUGGGGGAAAUGAGCAGCAUUUUGCACUUUAAUUAAUGUUAGAUGGGGCUAUAAAUGACUUGUCAACGCAGGAUGAGAAGCUUUUGUGAAGAAUUACAUUUUAGUAUUUUAAUGGACCAUGUUGAUGCAAAUAAAUGCAUACUUAUAUAAA